AUGUUACUAUCUCCCGAUGAAACCAUGGUUCUCGAUGAUACCAUACCUCCCGAAGAUAUCGGACCUCUCAAAACACCUCCAAAUCAUCCUACCAUGAUCGACGACAUCAUGAUCGAAAUCACCGCCAGCAGCACCGCCAGUCUCCCCCACCUAACCGGCCCAGUCGACUACGAGCUCUGGUGCGAAGCCCUUGCAGCUGACCUGCGCUCAAUCGGCUACUGGCCCAUCAUCUCCGACCCGAGGCCCAUCACCACCGAUCCCAUCCUCGAUGAACCCCGCUAUCCUCCUCCCCCCGGCACCCCCCAACUCGAACUCAAACUCCCCCAAUUCGAACUCAGCCUCCCCCUCCGCUUCUCCCCCUCCUACCGAUGUCCCCGACCACCACAUAACUCGCUCAACGACCGGGCUCGAAUAAUGAUCCUGGAAACCCUCUCCCCGCAGAUCCUAGCCGAAGUAGAACACAUGUCAUCGGCAAAGGACAUCUGGACGUACCUGGACAGGAAGUACUAUAUUGUGAACCCGUUGGAUGGGAUAAAAGCCGCAAUGGCGCUUCGAUAUGACAAUGGAAAGUCUGUCUUGAGCUAUGCGUUGAAGAUGCAACAUGCGCUAAGGAAGAUCGAUAGGGCGAUUGCGCCGGGGGAUCAGCGUGUGCCGGAGGCAAUGAAAGUGCAGUUUUUGUUGUCUGGGUUGGGGGAUGAGUGGAGGGAGUGGUUGGAGGAGAAUGGGAGGGAGAAGGAGAAGGAGUUUAUGGGGAUGGGGCUUAAGGAGGCAGUGAGGGUUCUAGGGGAGAAGGAGGGAAGGAGUAGUUGGAAUUGGGAUUUUAUUAAGGGUUGGUUUGAUUGA